UACAUCGCGCUCAUCACCAUGGCCAUCCUGCAGAGCCCGCAGCAGCGCCUGACGCUCCGCGGCAUCUGCGCCUUCAUCCGCGGCCGCUUCCCCUACUACCGCCGCAGGUUCCCCGCCUGGCAGAACAGCAUCCGCCACAACCUCUCCCUCAACGACUGCUUCGUCAAGAUCCCCCGCGAGCCCGGCCACCCGGGCAAGGGCCACUACUGGAGCCUGGACCCGGCCUCCCAGGACAUGUUCGCCAACGGCAGCUUCCUCCGGCGCCGGAAACGCUUCAAGCGCCCCCCUCCGGCCCUUCCCUUCCCGCCGCCCGCCGCCGCCCUGCCCGGCCUCCUCCCCCCGGGCCUGAGCUUCUCGCUCUCCAUGCUGCUCGGAAAAUUUAGUGGCACCAUGUUUCUCUUGGCACACCUUUGCAAUUCUAUGUCUAGCCCUGCUCUUCUGGGCAAGCCAUUCACCUGGCUGAUCGCUCACAGCUCCUUAAUGAACUGCAGGGAGUCCGGGAUCUGGAGGGCAGGUGGACAGAUCAACCACGGGCAGAAGAGAUGUGUGCAGAUACAGUUGGGGGCGGAGGGGCCCAAGUUGCUGAGCAGGGUGAAGCGUGACAACACGACGUCGUGCAUAUUGAAGGUGUUCCGUGAGUAA